CUCUCCAGCCCGUCGCGGCUGCGGAUGCGCACCACCGCUGCCGCCAUCACCACCAAACUCUUUUUUUUAGGGCUUGACAGGCAAGACCAUGGCUGUCAUGGCAUGCCAUCGCUUUGGAGUGGAGCUGUGGAAGGAGCAGAGACGGGAAUGGAGGCGGAGGGCAUGCCCCAAGCCGUCACGCAACCGCAAAAGGGGGAGUCGAACCAUCAACUGGAACGAGACUUGCCACAUCUUGCAAGCCGAGGAGCCACGCCAUUUCUCGCGACCCGUGCCGCUGGCGGAGAUGGUGGAGUUUUUGACCGGCCUGUGGGAGGUACUAUCAGCCAAGGCCCAGGAGGAGGCCAAGGAGCGCAAAUAGAUGUACGUACUAUGUGCCUGGACCAUUGCAGCAAUUUCACCUGCUCCUACUCUGAUGCCCCUGCCACCAGCGAAACCCCAUCCAGGAUGGAUGCCGUCUCCUGGCUCCCACUAGCUCCCACAACGCACCAUGCGCUGCAGCAUGAGUGGGCUGCGGCGAUAUCCAGAUGCAGCAACGUUGAGGAGGGAAGGGCGGUGCACGCGCGCAUUGUCGCGGCUGCUAGACACACCGAUGUCUACCUGUGCAAUCUUGUCAUUCAUAUGUUUGGCCGCUGUGGCAGCAGUGGUGACGCCAGGCGAGUGUUUGCUACCGUCCGCCACCCCAACGACCACUCGUGGACGCUCCUCCUUGGCGCCUACAUCCAAAGCGGGAAUGUGGAGGCGGCCAAACAAGUACUGGACGCAAUGCCGCGGCCAAACGUGGUGGCCUGGACGCUGCUCCUCCAAGGAUAUGCCGACAAAGGGCACCUCGAGGCUGCUAAGGCUACCUUCGACGCUAUGCCACAGCCCAAUAUCGUAAGCUGGACGGCGAUGCUGGCCUUGUAUGGCAGCAAUGGCAACGUCGAGGCAGCUCACCUCAUGUUUGAUGGAAUGCCACAGUACAGCUUGGUGUCGUGGAACGCGCUUUUAUUUGCAUAUGCCGCAUCAGGGCAUGGUGAGAAAGCAGAGCGCGUGUUCAAUGCCAUGCCGGAGCACAACCUGCAAAGCUGGUGCAGCAUGAUGAGUGCGUUCAACGAGGCGGGGAACGGGGAGCGUGCUGCCGCGCUCUUCCAGCAAAUGCCGGGCAGGGAUGUGGUAGCGUGGAACAGCCUUCUGCGUGCCCGCAUUGUGACGGGGGACUUGGACGCCGCCAAGACCACUCUGGUGCACUAUAUGCCACAGCACAACCUAAUCUCUUGGAACACUUAUAUGAGUGGUCUCGCGCAGCAUGGCGCGGCUGGGGGUGGCACUGCUGCUGCUGCUGCCAUUCUGGACGAGGCCGCCGGUGUGUUUGAUGCCAUUCCGGAGUGGAACGUGGUCACCGUAAACUCGAUGCUUUCUUGCUAUUCUCAGGCCGGGAGGCUGGGCGACGCCAGGCAGCUGUUUGACUGCUUGGGCGGGAGGCAGGACUUGGUACUGCACACGACAAUGUUCGUGGCGUAUGCCCAGAGAGGGCAUCUGGAGGAGGCCAAGGUGCUGUUUGACAAGCUGCCCUAUUGCAGCCUGGUGUCAUGGAACGCAAUGGUGGUGGCUUACGGGCAGAGCGAGGACGUCCAUGGAGCGCAUCGCCUCUUUUCCCAGGCGCCACAUCGCAACGUCGCCACCUGGAAUGCGCUCUUGAGUGUGUAUGCCCGAAACGGGCAUCUGUGGGCAGCGCGGGCCUUGUUCGACGUCAUGCCCGCCCGUGACUUGUUGUCGUGGAACACCAUGCUGGCGGCGUAUGCGCACCUGGGCGGUGACGACGAGUGCGAGCGAGGCACGGAAGUGGUGACAAGCAUGGCCUGGGAGGGCACGGCGCCCGACGAGGUGAGCUAUCUGUGCCUCCUAGUUGUGUGCAACCACUUUGGGCUGCUCCACACCGGUUGCCGCUACUUUGCGUCCAUGGCGAGCGACUACGGAUUGCAGCCGGGCAAGGAGCACUACAGUGCGAUGGCAGGCAUCCUGGGGCGACUGGGGCUGGUGCAUGAGGCGGAGGGGCUCAUCACGCUCAUGCCCUGCGCCGCCGACGCCGUGUCGUGGACAGCUCUGCUGGGCGCUUGCCACAUCCACCCCAGCCGCCAGCAGCUGAGGCGCGCCCACGAAGCUGCCAAGAAGGUUGCGGCGCUGGAGCCCCACAGCGUGGCGCCGCACAUUCUCCUGUCCGCCAUUGCUGCUCCUCACGAGUAAAAGGAGCGAGCAAGAGUUUAGGGUU